ACUUUGACGUCUCGCGGCGACACUACUUCAUCCAUGCUGACGUUCGUUCGUGAACAGUUCGGUAGUUCUGCAAGAUUUUCUCGUUUUUCACGGCUGUUUGCACUUAUUCGCGAAGAUGCCCAAAGCCGGAAAGACCAAGGUAGCUGCUAAGUCUGUGAAACUGAUUCAUCCCCAGAGCAGAAAGGCUAACAAGCUUGGUGCAAGAGAGAUUCAUAAAGAGAGAGUCAGAAAAGUUCAUCAGGAGACUUCGUUUAAGAACUCUGUUCUCAUUGAGAAGUUAAAGUGGUUUCAAGAUGCAUUGGAUCCAGAUAAAACAAACUACAGCAGAGCUGAUGCUGAGGAGAUAGUAGAAAGGUACCUAGAGAGAUUUGAAGAAGAACUGGAGCAAAUAUCAAUUGUCAAUAGCAUCAAAUCAAGGAGUGGACGGCAACACGCUACUAGAGAAGAUGUUAUCAAACAAACGAUGAACAGAGAAGAAGAACAGUUCAAUACUUGUGGUUUUGAAAUUCCAGACAUCUGUGACGGAAGAAACCUGAAGCUCUUUCGUGUAUGGGAUGGAAGCCCUAAAUUCCUUGGAAACAUCAAAAUGAGGAGGAUUGUGAGAACUAUUCCUGACCUAUCAGACUUUGGUAAACAAUCAACGAAUUCACAUGGAUUGGUGGAAGAUGGUCAAGAACUUGAUGCUGAGAGAGUGGAUGAACAGGAAGGUGAUCACCAGGGUCGAGGGGACGACGACGGGGAUGAUGAUGAGGGGGUUGAGGAUGAUUUGUUGGACAGCGAUGAGGAAGAGAUGGAAGAUGAAAGGAACGAUAGUAAAGAAGAUGAAGGGGUAGAAAGUCUUUGAAUGCCUCACAACAAAUGAACAA